AUGUAUACAAGUAUGGUCGCUCCUUUAAAUAGCAAGCAAAUUAACACUUUGCUCAAUACUGGUCUCAAUGGGAAACCGUUCGUGGAUGAAAUUAUUGAGAAGUUGGGUCAAAUUUCUUCUGGUAUAAUGUCGGCUCAUUUUACUCAUGAUUUUAUUGCUUCCAGCUUUGUUCCUCGAGUCAAUCAAAUUCUAACACAAUGGGGUAGCAAUGAUCAUCGAACGAUGUUGAAUGAAAAUGAUUCAAAAACAUUGCUUUAUUCAAGUCAUACAAUAUUUCACAUGUCUAAUUCGAUAGACAAUCAACCCGAGAUUUAUAAAGAUUUACUUGAUACAGUCAAAAUAUGUUUGAAUAAUAUUUCAUCAUUUGGUUUUUACAUUACAAAAUCUAACCAAGAAGACGAUUCUAAUCUAGUCUCAUUUGAUUGUCUAAUAUAUGUUUUGGAAAGAUCAAAUAUGAUUGAAAACAAUACUAUUCGCGAGCAACUCGUAGAGAAAAGUACUCUUUCAUAUUUAAUUAAGUAUGCAGAGAAGUGGCCAAACAAUGAAAGUUCACUCGAAAUCAUGUAUGCUAUAGUAUUCACGGAGAAGGGCAAAGAAGAACAAAAGAAAGAACAGUAUAAAGAAUUCAACGAGUAUGUUAAACGACUUUAUCUAUCGAGUAAAGAUGAAAUUCGACAAGCAGUACUCAUGGAACCAGUUUGA